AUGGCCUCCGACCAAGUGAGGCAGAAUAGCCUCAUCAUAACAGCAUGUUUUUUCACAGCAAUUUCAACCAUGGUUGUCAUUGCCCGGACAUUUGUUCGAGCAGUUCUUAUCCGAAAGCCUGGCCUCGAUGAUUAUUCAAUGAUCAUUGGAAUGGUAUUCACUCUCGCCUACCUCGCAGAGAUCUUUGUCGGAAAGGCCAAUCAUAUCGGCUUCCCCUCCAAGGAUUUGAGCCUCGACAACAUGACAAAUCUCCUGAAGAAUACACUGGCAAUUCAAGUUACGUAUUAUGUUUGCAUAUCAGCAAUCAAGAUAUCUAUCUUGUGCAUGUAUCUCAGGUUUGUUACAUCCGGUUUUAACAUCGUAACCGACAUUUGGAUCCUCGUCCUCCCCAUCAAAACACUUAUGGGCAUUCUUCGGCCGCGGCGAGAAAAGAUCGCGCUGGGCAUCAUUUUCGGCGUUGGCGUGUUUGCAACAAUAACAUCCAUCGUCCGGUUACACACGAUUUACACAUAUACCCUCGCCAAGGAUCUGUUCCAGGAGAGCAUCCUCAUCAACAUCUGGUCCAUGUUGGAGAUCAACAUCGGAAUAAUAUGCGCCAGUGUUCCUGCACUGAAACCCCUGUUUACUCCUCGUGCUCUACGGGAAGCCGCAAAUCGGAACAAGCCAGGCGGUUAUCAGUAUCAUAGUCAUGAGAGAUCAGGGUCUCAUUCGAACAAUUCAAAAUCGAGAGACAGGACAGAAAACCCCUACAACUUGGAUCGAGUGGGUGGGCAGGUAAACUCAAAGACGGUACUACAAAGCACAUCACGUAUGUCAGGCAGUGAGGAUAGUAUCCUUGGGGUAUGA